AUUGAUGUGUACAAACUUGUCGUUUCAAUUUUUAUAUCAGUGGAUCCAAAGCUAUGUCAAAAGUACCCAAUUCAACGGCAUUGUAUCAUCGAGUGGAUGUCACGAGAGAGAUUAGCUCACACAGAAAGAUACACGUACAAAUGGGAUAGACGGAAAUGCCUGCUAAUUCGUUGGGCGAAAUAUUGUCGAGCACCGCUACCAGUCACGAAGAACUUCGAUAGUGAAGAACUUUGCUAUUUUGAUUGUGGAGGGUGGGCCUAA